CAUUCCAUUCUGUGUUGUUGCGAUUACCCACCCAAUUUAGUAUUUUGUUGCAGUUUUCGUAUACAAUUAUUUUAUUCAUAUUUUUAUUCUGUAAAUUAAUAUAUCUGUAUCCGCCAUAGAAAAAUGGUUGUGUUGGAAUCGUGCUGGUCGCCAAUUAUUUGGUCAAACUCAGUCAAGACGGGAAGCUACGCCGUGGCGGUGUACACGGCAGCUUUAUCGCUGGUUUUCAUAACAUUGAUUUCGUACAUGUUAGCAGGAGGAGAAUCGGCGCAACUAUAUUCUCCGCUCUUUGAAACAGAUAUUAGAUAUUCUAUGCCAGUAUAUGGCGGCAUAUUUAUAUUCUACUUUCUACUCCUCAUUAUUGCAUCGUAUUUGGUGUAUUAUGGCAUAAAAAUAAGCACUCGAGGCUGGCUUUUGCCCUGGCUUAUUUUAGUAGGUGUUGGAAUUCUAUUUCAAUUUGUGUGGGGCCUUUGGCUCAUUGGCGGUUAUUAUAUUUAUCUGGAACAAACGCUUUCCGCACUUUUGAAUUUUUGUUGGAUGGCAUACAACAUUUACUGUUGGUUGUGCGUAUUCUCACAAUAUCAAAUAUUUUUAGAAAUGCAAAAUCCGAAUAUCGUACUGUUAGAGCCGUUCUAAGUAACGCUGGAGCCCUUUUACUGCAAUAUGACGGCUCUUAAGUGCAUGUUUAGCACUAUUUUCCAGCUAAAAUAAGUUUAAAAUCCAAUUUUACAAAUUAAAUUUAAAAUCUCAAAACCUAAACGACCUAAAAUUCGAUGGCGCAGUAAUCGAAUAUUGAAAUAGUUUUUAAGAUGCGCAAAUGGUUUUCUUUAGGUGAAGGAAAAUUAAUUAAAUUCCAUGGCUAACUUGAAAGAGACUAACACACAUUCCGUCCAUUUAUAUAAUAUACAUAAGUGUAUUUAAAUGAUUGUUUCUUUAAGACGACAUAUUUAAAAUCACACUUUUUAGCUUUACCAAAAGAUUUAGUGUUCAAUUUUACAGAAAUAUACAUAUCUAAUUUAGGCAUUUUCGCCUAAAGUAAAUUGUUCAAAAUAUUAUAAUGUAAAAACUUCGGACAAGAUGGUUUGCAUGUCGAAGCGAUAUCCAUGUCAUACAUAACGCAUAAACAGUGUACCAGUAUAUUGUAAUUUACUGAAUAAAUAUUUUUUUUUUAUCUACUUUGCAGUAA